AUGGUUGUUGAUGAAAACACGACGGAUUUCACAAAUCCGGCCUUAGAUUCGACAAAUCCACUCUACAUGCAUCCAUCUGAAAGCGCUGGUUCUAUGCUUAUGCCGGUGCCUUUCGACGGAUCAGGAUAUAGAUCAUGGAGAAGAGGAGUUUUGAGAGCUCUCUCAGUGAAGAAUAAUGUGGGAUUCAUAAACGGGAAGUGCAAAAAUCCAGAUUCUCAGGACCCUAACUAUGAUCAACGGGAACGUUGCGACGAUAUGGUCACAUCAUGGAUCCUAAAUUCUAUCUCAAAAGAUUUAGCGGACAGUUUACAGUAUGUUAAUGAUGCUCAGGAACUUUGGAAAGAACUUGAAGAUAGGUAUGACCAGACAAAUGGAGCGAAGUUGUAUCAAUUGCAAAAAGAGAUAAAUGAUUUGAGUCAAGGAACCCUAGAUAUCACUAGGUACUAUACUAAAAUGAAGAAGCUUUGGGAAGAGCUAAACACGUUGAAUGCACAUGCUCAGUGCAAGUGCAAUUGCACAUGUGGUGCUAAGGCAAAUAUGCAGAAGGCUGAACGGGACAGAAGGCUGAUUCAGUUUUUAAUGAAGCUAAAGGAGGUUUACACUAUAGUUAGGGGAAGCAUUUUAAUGAUGAAUCCAUUACCCUCACUCGCACAGACUUUUUUAAUCCUCAUCCAAGAAGAGAAACAAAGAGAAGUCAAGCCAAACAAUCAAUUGAUGAUUGAAUCUACUGCCCUGAGUGUUAAUAGAUCAAGAGGAAAUUCUUUCAGAACAAACUUUGGUCAACAGACAAACACUACAGACACUAGCUAUACGAAUUUCAAUCAGCAGGGAAAUAAAACUGGAAACAACAACUACAAGGGAGGAUAUCCUGGGAGUAGGCCACGACCUUUUUGUGACUAUUGUAAGAAGCCAGGUCACAUUAAGGAGAUGCUACAAGUUGCAUGGUUAUCCACAAGAUUAAAGGUUCAAUAA